CUAUUAUAUAUAUGUGAGACAUUACUCUAGAUGGUUGCUUUGGGAUUCGUGGACCGAAUAAAGUCGGUGUUCACCGGAAACACUCAGGAAGGCGCCGAAGAGUUCAAGGACCUACGUAAAUAUGAGCGACUCCUGGAAGAGGAACGAAAGGUAAAAGAGGAUAACAUAGAAUACAACCUCAAUAGAGAAGCCAACACUGCACUCAAUUUCGCAAAGGCGUACGGUGAAUGUUAUGACCAGUGUGCCGGAUUGGCUCUGCGACAGGAGCUGAAGGCAGCAUCACUGGAAUCACUCAUACCCAAAGACGUGGUAACCGUAGCUUCGAAAGAUAUACUUACGUUCAAAAAGAACCCUGGAGAAGCUGCAGUAACUGAUUUGGUGGGAGAAAUACUGGGUGAGGAUAUGUCAGAAGGGCCGAAACCAACGGCCGAACAUAUAAUAAAGCAACAACUAAACGAAGAUAUCAGACGCAAUAUACGUAUAUAUGAGUUGCAGUGUGAAGCCAAGUGUGCAAAAGAGUUCAUUCAUCUUAUGAAGUGAGGAUACCGUAGUAAUACCUCGGUUAUUAUGAACAAUAUUAUCAUAAUCGAAAACGAAACA